AUGAGCUUCGAAGCGGUCCCGUGCAUGUUUAAGAGCCGCGAUGAGACGGGAAAAGAGGCCCCAAAAUGGGGCUUUAUUAUACGACCGUCCGGCUCGAAUGGCCCUGGCCAGGUUGUCAGUGCUCCAUCGACCUCAACAAGCGGUGGGCCAGUCAAUUUGCAGCAGAGCCCGGUGAAAAAUGUGAGUUUGUGGAAAUUUUUUGGAGUUUCUGGAAGUUUAGGGAAAAUUUUUGGUCAAAACAUGAUUUUUGGGGCAGAUAUACGUUGUGAUAGGGUCAAGAACAUGUUCUACAUGCCAGUCUAGGUGGUCUUUAGCAAUAUAAUAGUCGUUUUCGUCAUCAAACCAAAGAAAAUCAAAGGAAAUUUUGGGUGGUUUUCAUUUUUCGAUUUUUUUGAAAAUUAGGAGAACUUGAAGAUAAAGCCUUUAGUAUCAUUAGAAAGUUUAUUCAUUACCCUUUAUAACGAUAUGUUAUCCACUUAUAAUUAUUGCUCUACCUUGAGAUAUUUGAAUUUUUUUUACAUCAAUCCGUAAUUUUUAGUCAAGUACAAUAUCGGCUUGAUAGACCCGAAAUCUUUGGUCGAUAGAAUAGUAUUAUAUAUAGUUUUGAAGCUUGUUUCUUGUUGUAUCUAACGGUGUACAUUGUGUAGUUUUCAUCCACCGUUAAAAAUUCGAAAAAUUCUUUACUUCCUCAAAUUUCAAGAAAAUCCAUUCCAACUUAAAUACACCGUAUUUUACCCUUUCAGCCUUCGCAAUCUCAUCUGAUCCCCUCCUCAAUACCAGCUUCAUCCAUUCCCUCAACGAUGAAGCUCACUCCAGUCGGCUCAGUCCCAGCAUCGGCAGUUCAGCCAGUUCAGCCGAUUUCAGCCCCAAAGACUCUUCAGUUGAAGCCCGCAUUCAAGGCGUUAGUCCCAGCCGGCGCCAACAAACAGAUCUUGGCCUCGAAUGGGAAGGUGGCCUUGAUCCCUGCGAGCAGUAUCACAACUACGAAUGGGGUCGCGACAAGUGUAAAUAACGGCCAAAUUGCGGUGAAACCAAAGACAAACAGCAAAAAUGGACCUCAGGUUGGUUUUGAAGACUUUUUAAGGCAAUAUUCAAAUUUUAAAUUGAUAAAAUCUAGAUAACUUUGACCUCUAUCAUAGUGUAAAUACAAUAGUAUAAUAUAUUUUUUUAUUGUCUUGUUUUCGUGUUUUGACGCACUCCCAAAAUUAAUUCUAAUGAAAGAGCCCGCUGAAAUUAUUUUUUUGAAACUUUUUCCCUCCGGGUUUACGUCGAAUCCCGACCAAUUUCACAUGAUAAUCUGUAAACAGGGGGAUUAAGUAAGAAGAAGAUUUCGAGAAAACGGCGAGCAAAAAUCCAGUUCUCUGAGACUUUUAAAGGCCAGAAAGGUUGGAAUCCGGGUGGGUAUUAAUCUUGGGAGAUUUCCGGAGAAUUUUCUGGAUUUUCUUUGGGAUUUGAUGAUCGAAAGUGGAGAGAUUUGGCUGGAAACUUGUUGAGGAAGUUUUUGAGAAUUUUUUUUGGGAACUUUUUUUGGAAUUUGUAAACCGCGUUAUGCAGAAAAGUCAAGAAAAAAAAUGAUUUAUUCAUUUUAUAUUUCAAAAAAUUUUAUUAAAAAAAUAAAUGUACGCUUUAAAAAAACAUUAAUUUUUUUGGCCGCGUUAUGCAGAAUUUCUUUAAAUUUUAAAAUUUUUUCGAUUUUUUUUUUUAACUUUUAAAAUCCAAAAUCAAUCCGUAUACUUUGCAAAACCUCUCUCUUCCAAUUCCAAUCCCGUCCUUUUAACGGAUUACUUUUCUGUUUAUGCAGUCUCCAACAAUAUUACAUCCCUUCCUCACCUCGAGGUUUUGGCAAACAAAAAGUUUUUUGGACUUGUACGUCAGCUGCGAAAUGUAGUCACUAAUUGGAUUAUAAUUGUACGGAAAAGUGUAAAAACCUGAAGGCAGUAAUCGGGAAAGUUACUCGCCUUCUGUUUCGCACUCUGAAAAAAGGGGAAGUUGAUUAGAGGUGGGAAAUUAGUUUCGAAAUAAACUUGAAGUGUUAAUGGCUGUAGGAAAAUUAAUUUGAAGUAUUGGAGAUUAAUUUUGGUGUGUCAACCAGUCAUUUUUUAGCAAUAUUUUAGCUACAGGCGUUUCUUACAAUAAUUUCAAAGGUUUUUGCGAAUUUUCGAAUAUUUUUUUAAAAAUUUUUUCCAUGUAAUAUAAUUCGCAACAAACAGGUGUACGUAUUUUACCAAAAAAUAGUUUAACCAUACUUUUUCUUAAUAAUUUCUGUUGUUUUUAUUAUAAUACGAAUCAUCACGUAGUUUUCGUGUGGGCUUUUGCUGAAAACCUCAAUAUAAUCAUUAUUAAGGGGUCAUAAACCGAUGAGGAACUAUUUAAUUUUUAGAGAUAAAAAAAUCAUUGAAAAUUUGAAAUCGUGUGUUUUACCAAUUUUUUCGUUUUUUAUUUGCAAUUUUCCAUAAUUUUUUUUCAAAGAACAGCUUUUUUAAAAUUAAUUUUUUCCCUCGCUUCUUAAAAAUGUAAACAUAAAUUUGCUCCUGUUUACGCGUUAGACGAUAAUUAAUAUUAAAUGAGACCCCCCAAAUCUCCUUCUAAACGUUUUUUCGGCCGCUGUUUUGGCCAGGAUAUGAUGUCAAUCUCUCCGCCUUUUCCCAUCUUCAUCGCUUGUUUAAUUUCAUUCCUGGUACUUUACAUGUUUCGGAUUAAAAAGUCAUUUUGUUUUUGGCUGUUAAUUUAACUAUAAUAUAGCUCAGAUUAUAUGGUUAUGACAUAAUUUUCAGGCUUAAAUUUUAAUGAGCAAGGCUAAAAGUUAGAUCUUUUGUUAAUGAAAUUGAUAAAAGUUCACUUUCCAAUUACAAUUAUAUGUCUGGUUUUUGUUAAAAACAAUUUUUUUUACUUCCCCCGUCUCACACUUUCAAUUAUUGCCAGUUGUAAAUACCAAACAAUGUCUCGAUAUUCCCCUUAAUUAAGAAGAGUGUCUAAUUUUGGAGUUGUGCGUCUAUUUUUGGCCCGAAUUGUGUAUGGGAUUUUGCGAAAUCUUGUACAUUAUUUCUAGUGGUUUUUGGUUCGGAAAAGUCGGGAAAAUUCCACAAAAAAUCCCGAAAAAACAGUCCUUAUCCCGAAAAAGACUACUUCUAAAAUUACUAGUAAUCAAACAGCUAAGGUCGUGGUGUCAUGUGGAGAAUAAUUUUUGAACCCAAAACAAGAUUUUUUAAUAGUUUUUGGCCAAAUUUAGCGCUGUUUACCCUUUACAUUUUGUUAAUGUCGCAUUUAUACACAUGUUUACGCCCCGCGGGCUAAUCCCUUUUUUGGCUGAGAGAAUGAAUAAUUGAGGGGGAAGUAUUGAUGUUUUUUUGGCCCACUUCCUCAAUUAGAAAUUUCGGAAUGACAUAAUGGAGAUUGUGAAGAAAAAUAGGACCAAAUUAGUGGGAAAACAGGUGGAAUUUGGCCUGUUUUGGGCAAAUUAAGGCCGUAAUUUAUAUGAAUGAGGUGUAAUGAAUUGGAUUAUACUAUGAAAAAUCGGAAUAUUGCUAUUAAAAAAGCAUAGGUCUUCCGUUUCGCGGCAAAAAUAAUAUUUUUAUAUUAUUUUAGGUUAUUUUAGACCAAAAUUUUAAAAAGUGAAUUGCAUAAUGGAUAACCAUCAGAUUCUCUUCAAAUUUUGCAAGAUUAUUCUAAUUAUCAUCAUAAUAAUUAUUCUAUAGGUAUUUUCAAAAUCUGAAUGCUGAACUUUGAGAAAUUCGCAUUUCUAGUCGUGCCUUAUCAAAAAAUUUUUUUUCGAAAACAUUCGAUUUGCCCUAUUUUUUGUAAAACAAAUAUGCUGGUGGCCUACAAAAAGCGUUGAUUGUUUUAAUACAUCAUAUAGAUUUCAUUCUUCUGCACUUUAUUCAACCUUAUUUUAAGUUUUUACCCUUUUUUUUGUCAUCAUUUUCCAAAUUUUUAUCAAACUUUUCAACUUUUCGCCUCGAAAAAUUGCUCAUUUCCUCUUGGCAUGGAUCAAAAAUUAAUGUAAACCCCUCGGGCAUGUGACAUUUUCUGUUUAUCUCCAAACUUUUUUGGCCAAACUUUGAAUUCAACUCCAAAAUGACGCCUUAUGUAUGUUAAUUGGGUUAACCUUUCAUCUUACUUCAACGUUUAAAACAUCAAAAAUUAAGAGCAUUGGUUGUGCAAGGGAAUGCAGGUGCCCGCAGAGGGAAGCACGACUAAAUUUAGAUUGUAUAUCUGUACACAGCCUCGGGCAAGCGUCUUUUGUUCGUAUUUUUAGCCUGCUUUUGUGGGCGAAAAUAGAAAUUAAAGGGCAGGUCUGGGAAAUUAGGAGGAUUUGGAGGGGAAAUUGAGAAAAAGUGACGAAAUUAAAUAACAAGGAAGUAGAGUAGUUAUUUUUUUACAAUUUUUGAAAAAAAAAUUCGAUUUUUUACCGAAAAUUUACUAUGUAAAAUUUAAAAAAUGGAUGAUUUUCGAAAAACAAAGUUGACGUUCGCAUCAGAGUGUAAACUACAAUAUUUCUGCAGAAAAUCUAUUUUCCCAAAGCUGAAUUCAAAAAGAUAUAACCGAAAAUGUUUUUUCUCUGUCCGACUCCUCAUUUUCUUUUGUCUCUCGUCUUCAAAGAUAGUUGAAUAUCUCGGCUGAGCUUGCAAAGAAUGGGUUAAAAUUUAAAGCAGUUAAUUCAUGGCCUAUUUAGAGUAAAUAGGCCUAGUUUGAGGAAAAUCGAAUAUACGUGCCUGUGGCAAUUUAGGCUUUUUUUUUAAUUUUGGAAUUUUUCAAAAAUUACAAAAUUUUUUGCAUUUUUGGUUAAUUUCAAUGUCGUAGAAAGAAUGCUUAGCGUUUUUUUAAAAUUUUUCUAGCUGCAAUAAAUAUUUUUUAAAAUCAAAAACAUUUUUUUUUUCUUUUGGCUCAUUUUUUUAUUUUCCCGCCAAAAGCUAAAAUUGUAACACUCGUACUAUUUAACAUUUGGCUCAAUUACACUUUGGAGUGUUAUAUUUGUCUCGGUGUCCCAAGAAUUCGUAUAGUUUCGCUCCUCUCGGGCCUAAUGCGAUUAUAAAUGCCUUUUUCGGAGGUAUUUUUGGUUGCUUUACACGAUAUUUUUAGCCGAGAAGAAAACCUAGACGACUAUACAGGGUGCGCCAAAAAUAUUGGGACUCAUAUUUUUACUUGCCCUGCGGGCUGUAAUGGUACAAGAGCAAAGUGGUCACUUGUGCAAACGUGCAAUGCUCCCAAGAAUCUAUCUUCAAAGUUUCAGGCAGAGUAGUCGUAUACGACACCUGUUCUGCCAUUAUAAGUGCUCACAACUAAGGCCCCUGAGACACGGACCCCAAAAUGGAUAAAAAUUGGAAACACUAGUUUUACCGUUGCAUGCUAUGGCAGAAAUUCACUUUAUAUGACAGAGUAGCGGUCGCUUUUUAUACACUAAAAAUGAUUUUUACUUAUAAUGACGAUUUCAUCUUUUACAGCUCGUCAAAGCCGGCCUAAAAACGCGCCGUUUUCCAGAAAACUUCGUAAGAUCAAAUAUUUUUAUGUAGAAGUUUCGACGUAAGGUUCCCAGCGUACUAGGCAUCAGAGAUACUUUUAUAAGGACAACGAGAGUCUGACUAGUCGUCUUUGAAAAAUUAUUUUUUUAUCUUCUGCCUCUGGGGGAUGAAAUAGUGACUACAGCGGUAGAAUUUACUCUAAGGUUGCUCGUCAAGUGAGCUUGGACUGAAGAUCGCUAAAUGUAAUUCAGUUUUGUCAACAUGUAUCCCGAGUACAGCGUUACGUCGAUGUUUACGCUCAAGUACUUUUCAACUUGUAGUAAACUGCCAAAAUAUAUCAAGCUUCGAAGGACCGUGCCUCCAAUCCGCACCAUAAAGUUUUUUCCAUACAGGAACUGUCCCUGUGUAGGUGUAGAUUUUCUUUUACAGUAUGACAAUUCCCUAUGUACACACUCUAUAAACACAAAAUUUUAGAGCAACACGGGCGAUACUGUGGUAUUGAGAUCGUUAAAGACAUAAAAAUCCAAACUUUCGGGAUUUUUUUUUGUUUUUUCGACCAGCGCCGCCAUAUCGGUCGUCAACCAUGAUUACAUACGUUGUUACGAAGUGAAUAGCAUGUGCUUUAAACACAAUAAAUUUGAAGGAUCUUACUUUCCCUUAGCGGAAAUAAUGGCCAAAUUGAUUUCCCGGUCAUCCAUUUGAAAAGAAAAUUUUGGUCCCCCAAAAACUUUUGAAUAUUUUUUCAAGUUUGCAAUAGGCCUCAACCCUGGCAUUACCGUUGCCGUAUAGCAAGACCGUUACCUUUGCUAAAACGGCCAAAAGUUUUGAUUCCAAGGCCUGCUGAAAAAAGCUACACGGAAUUGAUUUUUGUCCCAAUAUUUUUGGCGCACCCUGUAGUUUUCGUGUUAUUUUGUUGGGAUGUACACGUACUCGGAUAAAAAGUUCGGAUUGGAAAUGGUGUUUAAGGAUUCUGGGAUGUUGUUCAUGAUGUAUUGGGGGGAUUAAAGGAAAAGGAGUGAUAUAAAAGGUGCAGAUAAAAAUCAGAAACUAUUCGUGGGUCUAAAAUUAGUCUUUGGGUCCAUGUUUGACAUUGGAAUCAAAAAAAUACAGAAAAAAUUGAAACGAAUUUUUAGAGUUUUUUUAUUUUUGUCGUGAUUAAAAAUUAUUAAAAAAGCAGUAAUAAAAAAUAAAAACUAAAAAUAACUAUUUUUCAUCGAUUUUUUUAAAUUUUUCCCAUUAGAUUUUUUUUUAUUUUUAUUUGCCUAGGCCUAAUAAAUAAAUUGCUAAAAAAUAUUUAUUUCUUUUUUGUUUACUUUUUUUACUAUUUUUUUAUAAAAAAAUAUUAAAUUUUUGGCUUUUCUAUUUUUUACAAUUAAAAAAAUCUCAAAUAAAAAAAAUAUAUAUUUUGUAAAAUACGGAGCUGACUGUUUGUACCAUUAACCAAAUCUUCCAUUCACACCACUUUCUCCCCACAAACUGAACCUUAUUUCUCUCCCGAACCCUCAUGAAGUUCACGUUUUUUGGCCCGUUUCUCGCCACUGAUUGACUUGUUUACGUGGCGCUGAGUUGUAACAACUCUCACUCAAAGUUCGCCUUUCUGUUUCCAUCAUUUAUAUCAGUGUUUCGACGAAAAAACCGAAAAGAAAUUAAGAGUGACAAAGCCCCGAAAAGGGGAUUUUUUGUUUUUGUUUCGCUUAUCAGUUAAUCGUUUUUUGUUUCUCCCCAAAAAUUUGGGUUUUCGCUUCGAAGAUCGUUUAGUUUCGGCGUUACUACGACGACGGAUUAAAUUUUGGAACUGAAUUUGUCCUUUUAACUUUUUAUUCAAUGGUUCGUAGUAAAUAGUAGGCUACUUUACAGCGGGAUUAUUAAAAAAGUAGACUUGUUAUUGCGGGAUUAGGAAAAUCCCCCGGAUCUCGAUGGAUAAUGGGUUUAAACUACAAAAAUUUGCAAACAUAGUCUGGGAUGGGGUUUUACAAUUUUUGAGGAGAUGGUUUGGCUAUAGCAAAGGGGGAUUUUAAUGAAAAAUUUAUUUUUUUACAAAAAAUAUGUAAAAAACUUUUAAAAAGAUCUUGGUAGUUCGGCGCUCCGCUUGCGGGAAAGUGUUUCGCAUAGUAUAAACACGUAUUAUUUUUGAUUAUUUUUUCGUUUUUAAGUCAAAAUUUCGGGUUUUCAUAAAAAUUUUUGCAAAAAAGUAUCAAAAUCUAUCAAAUUUCAGCAAUAUUUUGACUUGCCGGCCCGUGUUUUACCCCGAGUGUAAACCAAAUUUUAUUUUUUUUCCUAAACUUUCCAUUUUUCCUUAAUUUUUGGCCAAAAAAUUGUAAAAAUCACAAAAAAAAUCGUAUAAAAUCAAAAAAACCACGAAAUUUCACGAUUCGUUUUUUACCCUCUCCUCAUUUCAGAAAUGCCCAGUCAUUGAGCCCUCGACCAGUGCCGCGCCCCUCCCCAACAUGCCCUCCACUUCGUAUCGGAUGAACGAUCUUCAGGAGGAUCUGAAUUCGAUUGAAAUGAACGAAUUGAUGCCCACGAAUGGGGGAAUCAACACGGAAGAGUACUUGGGAGGCCAAGGAAUGCCCAUGCCGAACACGAAUGCGCAUGGAUACUACGGCGGAUAUGAGGGAUACUAUCAGCAUUGCAACAUGCAGACGGCUGGCACGUCACAAAGUAGGUCGAAGAAAAAUAAAUACUAAAAAUGAGCAGCGUAUUUUACAUUUUUUGAAGUCUUCAAAACAAAUUAUUGAUUGAAAAAAAAUCCAAAAAAUAUGUCAUGAUGACGUAUUUUUUUGAAAUUUUGAAAAUGCAUAAAAAAAUCAAAAAUUUUGAAAUUUCAUACCUAAAAGCACCAAAAAUUUUCUUUUCAGUGCAACCCCUCCCCAGCACAUCGAUGAAUACACAAAUGAACCCAUCGAUGGGCCCUUCCAUGCAUCCCAACCCCUCAAUAAACCCUCCAAUCCACCAUUACAACGCCCCCUACGACUGUAAUGUCUACCCAUCAACGUCCUACCAGAACAACGGAUAUUACAAUCAAUGGCAGGCGCCGGUACAGCAUCCGCAUCAACGAAUCCAUCAGGUCCAACAACAGGUCUCCACUUCUCCGGACUCGGGCAUCCAAUCCAUCGACGGGUCCCCGCCCUCGAUGGCAUUCACCCCGCCCUUGAGUGGGGAGGCGUUCUCGGUGCAGGCGUUGCCCUACGACCCCGCCGAACCCACUCCAGCGCAUCAGCCGCCUUCAGCAUCGUCCAUGUUGCCGCCCCUCUCGAAUCAGCCUUGUGCGCCAGAGAUCAGCGAAAUCCAAACGAAUGUAGCGGAUCAGCACGCCGAUUUAUCGGAUAUGCCAACGCUGAUUCGGGCAGAUGAAGAGACCGGCUUGACGAAUCGACCAGGCCCGUCCACCGAAGCCGAAGCCCCGAUCCUGGAUUCGAGUCCGAACUCGAAUAGGUCGAGAUCAGCGUCGGCGAGGCCAAGCUCCUCAAUGAACGAAGACGUCUUCCAGUUCUUGGCCACAAUGGGGCCAAAUGAAAUUAUCAGCAAACUGAAGGACCAUUGGCCUCAAGAAAAGGUUGGUUUCAAAUUCGUAGCUAUCUUAUAUUAAUUUAGACAUCAAAUUAUAUUAUAGUAGGGUCUAGUAAAAUAUUAGGUCAUUUUGAGCAAAAUUUCUAUUUUUUAUGUAAAAAAUCGUUUUUAAUUAUGCCUGAUAGCUCCUUCUUUCCACUAGAUGCAGAAAAGAUUCGAUUUUUUCUUGGACUUUUCUUGAAAAACAAAAGAAAAUUAAUGUCAUCGUUUGUCUAAUAUAAGGUCACUUUGGUCUCAAUUUUUAUUUUUCGGAGAAAAAAUUGUUCCUCCAUUAUGUCUUAUGGCCCAUUCUUUAUUAUCGAUAGUAAAGGUCUUGAUAUUUUCCUUGAAUUUACUGGAAAAACUAAAGAUUUUUUUAAAUAGUUGACCAGUGGCUAAAAUAAGGUUAUGCCUCUCUGAAUUUUGGAAAAUUUUAUUUUUUACGAAUCAAUCAAAUCUCUUGUGUCUUAAUAAGCAUAAGAUGUUUUUGGGACGCGUAUUUUACCUUCUCUUCCCUUCCGAAAUUGAACUUUCUCCCCGUUCUGUGCCAUAUUACUCAUCCCUGUUUUCUCACCUUCAAAAACCCAUCGAAAAUGGCAACCAGAUGUUUUUUCCGACCGUUCUUUCCUCCAUUCUUUGUCACAUUACCUGAUCCGCCCCUUCCCAGCGAACGUAAACAACUCGCUCGCCCGAAAAGAAGUGUGCAAAAAGGUGGAAGGGGGGCCCGUUUCGAAACCACAGCCCGUUGAUGGAUCGUGGCGCCCCCUUCCCAUUUUUUGUUUUGUUUUUCCAUCUGCUCACGUGAUGCGAGUGGAAGGAAUGAAACCACAGACGCACAAUGCCCUUUGCCAGUAAUUUGGUGUUCGCUUUUUCGCGGCCGAAACAAAGAGUUUUUAAUUGAAUGGAGACGUAAGAUGCGUAAUUUGGCGACAAAUUUGAGGGAUUUCCUACAAAAAAUUGUUACUUUUUGUCUGAAAAUUGUAUGUAGCACAUAAUACAUGUAGUUGUUUUUUAUAAAAUUUAUCAUUUUGGAGCCAAAAAAAUGAGAGAAGUUAGUUGUUUUCGGAAAUCCGCAUAAUCUUUUGUCGAAAAAUUGAAUAUGAAAAUUUGCAUAGCAUCAAAGAAAAAUCAUAAAAAUGGCAUUUUCGGGCAUUUUACAUAUCUUUUGAGCCUCUAAAAACUUUUGCGACAUCUUUUUUAUCCAAAAAACCCAAGCUGAACUUGAGUUUUAUGCCCUCGUAUUUUUCCCCGCAUUUAUCGCGUUUUCUCAUAAUCCUUCUCAUGCUACGUUCUAUCAACUGAUACCUUGAAACGUGCCCUUUUAAAUUCCUAAUUCUGUCGUGUUUAUGAGAAGUAAAUUCUGAGCAAACGAACAUGUGAACGCCAUUUUUUCGGCCGCUCGGCCCUCCCCGCUUCGAACCUUUUUUCUGGCACUAGCGUUCCAAUUUCCGCGGUCGCCGUGAAAUGUCAUGCUCGCAGAUUUCGUUUCAGGCCCCGCGGGCUAUGGGUUUAAUACCUCCGAAAAUGUGGGGGCAUCGUAUUUCAAGCCGAAUUUGGCCGACUUUUUCUCCUCCAAUUUUUCGGCCAAAUCUCCGUCUCAUUUUUAAAUGUCGUCGUAUCAUAACAUGGUGGAUUGUGUGUGGCGGAAUUACGCACCGGAUGAGCCAUCCGCCACUUACUUUCCUUGUUGACAUCCGUCGGCACAAAGAGGGUCCGGGGAUUACGAAAAGCCGGCCGAUUUCGCCGUCCGUUUUCGCCCCAAUUUGGCGGAUGAUAUGGCCGCGAGUAAUUUCGCUGUCAUCAGGGUUAUCUUGGGCUUAGAUUGCGGGAGAAGGCAGAGUUCGAAAGUCUCGAACUUUGCUGUGGACAGCUAUUUGAAUUUGGGAUAUUACACUAGAGCAGAGAUGUGGAAAAGUGAUCGUAACUUUUGGGCAAUGUAAAAAAUGGAUAGGCUUUGAUCGGAAUAUGCUGUAAUGAGGUUUGGUCCAUAACACUGCAAAUUUUUACUCGAAAAUUUGCAUAAUUUUUUCAUUUAUACCCAUUUUUAAUUUUGAUGACUUUUGAUACUUUUCGUUCAACUUUAAGCUAAAAAUUUCUUAUUUAGAAUAUCUAAAUAGCCAGUUUUUGGCUUUCAUUGUAUUGUCUAGUCUCUGUGAAGCAUGAUGAUUUCUUUUUUGGACAUUUUUUUCCAAUUUUUUGCCGAGUUUUGUCACGAUUUCCAAAAUUAUCCUCCAAAUCGGAGUUCACUCCAAAUUUCGUCAUCCUGCAUUCUAAAUGCCCUCUAUCCUCUUACGACUUCCCACUUAACAUAUCUGCACUCCUCUCCUCUUAAGCCCAUUACAUUCAAUUCCUUGGGAUUUUACACCUGGCCGCCGUACUCUCGGGUUUGUUUACAAUCCCCGGCCCGGCUCUUCGUAACGUUCGUUUCUUGUUUCUAUGGAAAUUCGAAACCCUCCCAUGACAUUGGGAGGGCGUGGCCGGCGGUGUUCGCCCCUCUGGCGUUCUCCCUUCUCGGUCUAAUCUGCGGAUUAAUUAGGUUUUCGGUUAUUAAAUACCUUUCUUUUCCAUUGGUUUACACGUCAAUUUAGGCGAGGGAAAAGGGUGGGAACAAGGGCGCAGAAAUGUCGUUAUGCGUUUUUGAGGGUGUUUUUUUCGAGGAAAUAAAAAUUUCGUGAGAAUGUUGAUGUCAGUUUCUUGGGGUUUCGCACAGUGCGGGAAUUAAGUUUGAAUUUUUUUUGCACAGUGCGAAAAAUUUUUGACUUUCGAAUUUUCGAAUUGAAAAAAAUUUGAUUUUUCAUUUUUAUGUACUGUGAUUUUUUUCAAUUUUUUUUGCAAUAUUUGAAUAAUUCUUUGCGCUGUAAAAAAAAUUUUUUCUUAUUUUUAGAAAAAGUUUUUUUUCAAGAAAAUUUUCACAUUUUUUCCGAGCCCACAUUCUCUUAUUUUUACCCCCAAAAAAUCUCAAUUUUCCCCUCAACUACAUUACAUUCUUUUGUCUACUACAAUAUUCCCAUUGACCUUUUUUCAAAGAAAUUUUGUUCCGUCUACGAAAUCUCAUCCGAAAGUCCGAUAAACAACUCGGUUCCCAUGAUAAUGCCCUCCUCCUCGAGUGGAUUAGAAUCUUUCGAAGAGGAGCAUAAUAAAUUUUCGAAAUCGGGGCCAUAAAGUAUAAGUCUCAAGGUCUUGUGAUUGUUAUUUUUGGAUGAAAAUGUGCAAUUAGGGUUUUUUACUAAUAAUUUUUAUUUUGAAAAAUUUUGGGAAGAGAAUUAGACGAGAGAUUAUGGAAAAGGCAGAGAGAUCAGAGAAAAAUAUUUUUGGUUGUAUUUAGCAAAAAAUUAUUUUUAUUUCUGCAAAACGCGGUCUAAAAAUGGCUCAAAUAUCUUGUAAAAAUCAUGUCUCCAUUUUGAAAAAAAAAAAUUAAUUAAUAUCUCAUCAUUUUGCCUCAGGCAGUUUUCCUCUUAAUCAAUUCAAUUAACCUUUCAAACCAGUAAAUUUUGAUUUGUAAAUACUUAAACAGCCCUAACUAAAAAUAAAAAUACUUUUUCAAUCAAAAUUCCCCUUCUAAUCACCUGUUCUUUGCAGAUCCAAGAGUUCGAAAAGUCCUUUAUGCAGAUCACGAAGCCGUCGGCCGAACGUUCCAAGUCCACCAUCAAAGAUACGACCAACUCGGAGGCGCUGCACGACCUCCAAAUCAAGCCGAUUCAGCACAAAAAAGAGCGAUACUCCAACGUCAGAGAGGAGAACAAUGAGAACCACGAGGAAACGGGCUCGUUGCGCCGGAAACGCAUCAAAGAAUACCGCCGAAACAUGAUCCACAAGCUGAACCUGCGCAUGAAGAAGAUGGUCGACGAGGUGGCGGACAAGUUCAGCAGGUGCAGAGUCAAAUUCCGACCGAUUUAUCGACUGACGCCGGCGUUUUGUCAACUAAAUUGGAGGCGGAUCGAGGAGAGGGCCAAGAAACCGCAUCGAAAGUUGGGCCGAGUCACGCAGAAAUGGGAAAACUUUCAAAUAAAGACGAUGAAAAAGGAGGACAUGAAACGACGACAUACCUACACGGAAAGCAGUCGAUCUGCAUUCAAAAGUAUAAAGAGGAGGGAGGAUCAGGAGAAAUUGAAACGAAAAAUGAGACAUCAAAGUGAAGAGAGAGGAGAAGAAAUGAUGAUCAAGAAAAGGGGACGGAAAAGGAAGAGAAUCGAGGAAGAUGGAAAGAAAAUUGAAAGGUAAGGGGAUGGAGACGAGGGUAAAAUACGAGAUUACUUUAUUUUCUCUUUUUCAGUUUUUUGAUUGCACCGUGCAAUAAAAAAAUUUUUGCACUGUGAAAUUUUUGGUUGCACCGUGCAGUAAUUUUUGGUGACUGCACCGUGCAGUGACAACAAUUUCGCACAGUGCAAUAAAAAAAUGUUUGCACUGUGCAUUCAAAAAAUUUACUUUCACAGUGCAAUAAAAGUUUUUUGUCGCACCGUGCAGUGACAAAAAUUCGCACAGUGCAAUAAAAAUUUUUUGUCGCACUGUGCAAUCAAAAAAUUUUUGUCGCACAGUUCAAGCAAAAAAUUUUUCGCACUGUGCAAUAAAAAACUUUUGUCGCACUGUGCAGUAACAAAAAUUUUGCACUGUGCAUUCAAAAAAUUUGUUUGCACCGUGCAAUCACAAAGAUUUUGCACAGUUUUAAUUCAAAAAAAUCGAAUUUUAGACUCCAAAAAUUAGCAAUAAUAAUUCUUUGACCUGCACAAAAAUCUCCUGAACCAUCUGUGCGGGCAAAUUAAUCCGCUGAUAAAAGCUUAAUCCGUUCUAGAAGGUUUUUCUAACAUUUUCUAUUUCCAGUUCCAAGCCUAAUCCCGAAAAUACUCUGGAUGUGGUGCCGAUGGUUCGAAAACGGAAGAGAUCAAAGAAUAUGAACAAGGAUGAGUACAUCAAGAUCCGGUGCAGUAAGUUUUUGGUCGAUUUCGGAUUUUUUUUUUUUUGAAAAAUUGAAAUUUUUUGAAAAAAAUGGGAUUUUCUCAAAAUUUAAUUUUCAAACAAAAUAAAAAAAUAAUAAUAUCCUUUAUUUUAGACGUCAUGAUCGACCAACCAGCCAAAUUGUCGGACCCCGACGCCUGUGAAUGCGAGCCAGAAGCGGCUUGUUUGACCAGAAACUGUCCUCAUCGAGCGUUGAACAUUGAAUGCACCCAAUCCACCUGUUCCAUCCAUUACGAAUGCCGAAAUCGUCGGAUGCUGAGCAACGAAGCGGUCCACCAACUCCAAAUGUUUGACACGGCAUCUCGCGGUCGUGGGAUUAAGACCACCGUGCACAUAAAUCCCGGCCAAUUUGUGUGCGAAUACGUGGGCGAGGUCAUGAAAUUGGAGGCCUAUCAAAUGCGUCAUCUUUUGAGGUCGGUGGAGCAGCCCAGAUUCGGUGUCCAACUGACUCCGAAUUUCGUCGUAGACGCCACACAGAAGGGAAAUAUCGCGAGAUUCAUCAACCACUCGUGCCAACCCAACUGCGAGAUGCAACGAUGGCAGGUGGGAGCGAAUUAUCGAUUGGGAAUUUUCGCGAAACGGGCCAUCGAAGAGGGAGAGGAACUCACCUACGACUACCGGCUGUUCGCGAGGAUGGAGCCGGAACAGGAGUGUCGCUGCGGUGAGGCCCGUUGCCAGGGCGUUAUACCGUCGCAGAUGCCUCCGCGGCCCAUCCUCCAGGAGCCGGAGAAGCUGAGUCGGGACGAGGUGAAGAUUGUCCGCAAAAAUCGUCUCUUUUUGGUUCGAAACUUGAAGAAAGUGAAGGGAAAGGCGACGAAAUCGACCAGAAUCUCGAUUGAAGACUCCUCGGAACUCCUCGAAUUUCUGCUCAACAUCUACGAAGACAUUGUGCAGCAUGCAGAAAGCAAGGAGAAGCUGAAAAGAUCGCGAAUUUCCCAGCUGAAGACGCAGAUUCAAAAAGUUUUCAAACUCAAGGACGAUGAAUUGGAGCUGAUCCAAUGCUUCGACCAUGCCAUCAAGGCCUGGAUCAACACGUUGCAGGGAGCGUGCGAGAGACGCGCUAUGGAGUCGUUGAAGUCCCAUUAUCUGCACAUCAAGAAGACCCGCGAUCUGGCCAAACACAUGGAGGAUCAGAAGAGCGCCGCGGCCAAGGAGUUGGUCAAGAGUUUCAGCGAAGACCGCAAGCGCACUUCCUUGAAUGGCGCCGCCUCCAAGCGACAGGACACACGUGUUUUGUCGGCGGACGCCGAUCUCACCUAUAUGGACAAGGGAUUGGCCCCGGUUGGGAGUUAUGACAAUGAUUUGGAGGCUGUCAAAAUCAACGAAAACGGAAUGGAGGAAGAAGGAAACGAAAAUGAUAGCAGUGAUUGUGUUCGAUGCAUCUGUGGAAUGUUCGAAGAUGAUGGGGAAAUGGUCGAAUGCGAUCGAUGCAAAUUCUGGCUACAUGCCGAUUGCGUUAAGUAAGUAGACUAAAAAAGUUUUGAAAGUGAAAAAAAUGACUUUUCUGUAGAGAUCGGAUACAUCUUAUACAAUUUUAAGCUUAAUUUUUCAAGUUUUAUCAAAAUCUAAAUGCAAAAUUUUGAAGAAUUCCAAAAAGAAAUGCUUUUUACUGCCUCCAAAAUUAAUUAUUUUUAUUCUCAGCUACGACAAAGACAGCAGCGACGACUACGAAUGCGAUUUCUGCUCCAAAAAGCUGAAAUCCGCUCCCAAAGUUGACAUCAUCCUGAAUCCUCAGCCGGAUCAAACACUUCCCAACUGCACCUACUACCGUACUCUGGUCACCAACCGGGGUCUGCAGGUUCGAAUCAAUGAAGCCGUUUACGUGGAGAAGGAGAUCAACGAGGACUACAAGGUGAUUCUGAAGCAACUUCUGGACCAAACUCCCAGAAAGCGGAGCAAAAAGAGCGAUGAAAAGAGGAGUCCCAUCAAGGAGUACAAGAGCAAGCAUCAGGACAAGAAGGAGUGGAGACGGAGUGAUCUCCGCUGCUUCCGGAUCGAACGUCUCUUUACCGGCCCCAAUGGGGAGAAGUUCGUCUUCGGAUGCUAUUAUGCCCGUCCUCAUGAGACCUUCUGCGAUUCCAACCGACUUUUCCACAAAAACGAGCUCUUCUGGACCCCUCUGUUCAACACGUUGCCGUUGGAUGCGGUCGUUGGCCGAUGCCUCGUUCUCGAACCCUCGGCGUGGAGCGAAGGAAGACCGAAGGAGCCCUAUUACAAAGAGGACGAUGUGUUCGUGUGCGAAUACCAAAUCGACAAAACUCAACGGACCUUCACGAAGAUGCCGGUGGGAAGUCAUUACCCGCCGAAUCGAGCGAACUACGUAUUCAACAAGUUCAACGAGCCAAGGAAAUUGAAACGCGACUUCACGCCGUUUGUGCUGACGAAUGCCGAGAAGAAACCGGACCGCCACGAGACCAGAGAUCGAUGUCUAAGCUCGGCUAAGGAAUUGGUAGGUGGAUUGUGGCAUAAGCUUCGUACAUAAGUAGUUUAAAAACAAAAUUAAGCCGAUUUUUGGCGAGAAAAUAGGAUUUUUUGCAAAAUAUCCGGUUUUCCCCCCAUUUUUUUGUCUACAGUAUUAAAAAUAUAAUAUAAUUUGUAAUCCUUUUGCUUUUCAGAACAUGGAGAAUCUACGCUCAAUUGUCGCCAACAUCAAGAAGCAACAGAAGAAGCGUCGCUCCAAGUAA